CAGCGACACUUCCGUAUGGACGUCACAGGAGCUAUUUUUAACACGGCUGACAGCUUAGUGGUUUCAGCAGCGUUAAAGUUUACUGCACGAAAAGAUUUACCAAUCGAGGGAAAAAAUACAGAAGCAUCUGUUUCUGAUAUGAAGCUUGAUAAAAGUGAUCUCGACGCCGACGUCUUGGAAGAUGGCGAGACAACGACGUCGACAAAGUCGGGCAUGAAGACGACGGCGGCCAAUGGACACGGUGAGAUCAAAAUGACCAUUCAUGAAUUGCAUUGUCCAAAUGGAUGUGUUGUCAAAACUAGUGCUUUGGAGAAUGGGACAAAUCCCAUAAAGGACAUCAAACGACGAGAACCCACAGAAGAUACAGAAGAAGUGACAGGAGAUAUGGCAAAGGAAAGUCAUGAUGUGAAUUUCGUUUCGGUUGCCCUUGACAACUGCCACAUUGAUGAAGGCAGCAAGAUGCUAGAGAAGAAGAUGGCAUUGCUGAACUUGGUUGCAGAUGACAACUGCGAAGAAGGGAAUGGCAGAGACAUCAAACAGCUAAAAACACAAACUUCUGUCAUCACAGUUGAUCCGCCAAGUUUGAACAGCGAGGAGGAGGAGGAGAGAUGUGAAGAACAAGAGGAUCUUACUUGCCGAGGACCAACUGCUGGGAGACCUGUCAACUAUUGUCCAAGUAGUGUCAGCGUCAACCAUGUCGCCCGUAAGGCCUAUGACAGCCACAAUAUGGAUGCACUCUUUCAAGUGACUGACCUUCAAGUACCAAGUCAUCACCAGCAGCCCUCCUGCCAGGGAUUCCCACCAAUAUCAAAUCAGACAGGAUAUGAUCACUAUCAUGGUUCUCACUACAUGCGUGCUGCUGAGUCUGAGAGCUCAGCCUUGCAGAUGUCAACUGGUAACUUGAGCGGCAAACGUCGAGUUGAUGAGGAUGCCAGCACCCCUUUUAAAUACACUCGGCCAUUAGCAGAAAACAUGGGAUAUGAUCAAAACUACAAUUCAAACAUAGGGAUGAAUAAUGGACAACAUGUUUACACAAAAAUUUUGCCUGGACUGGUAUCCGGUGGCCAGGUUGUGGACAACUCUCCAAAAAUGUUCCCUGUGGAACAUAAUAUGAGAGAUGUUCCUUUUCAAUCAGAACUGGGCAGGCAGUUCUCAGCCAGUGAUGUGGAUCAGUUCCUGGAGGUAAUGAGCCAGUUUCAAACUAAUGACCAGCACCAACAGAAGGAGCAGACAACCAGCACAAACAGUCAGCACUUUCAGCAGCUGCCACCACAGACUGUCCAUGACCUAAAGACCCGAGGGAAGCCUUUCCAACAGAACCUUCACGACUGUGACGCUGGUUAUAUCAGUGAGAACAGUCCACACUGUGAGGUCAUCUCUCCUAGUGGCAGCCCCAAAUCUGCUUAUUCCCCACCUCCUUCUGUCAUGUCUGGAGACAGUGGAGUUGCUAGUCCUCAAAAUGAUGAUGCUAUGUCUACCCACAUGCCCAGUCCAGCCAGUGACCACAUGGCCUACAGUAAUGGUAGCUAUUGCAACACAGCUAGCCCACAGUCCGUUGGCUCUCACCCUGGAUCUGUGAUGGGCUGCCUUGAUGACUCUCCGAGUGAUGAAUAUGUUGGACAGUUCCCUUUUGGGCUGGACAAUGCUCCAUACACCAGCUCAAGUGAUGUGCUGAAGGCAGGUGACAUGUCAACGAUGCCCUGGUCACAAUAUUUUGAGAACGAUGGGUUGAGCUCUUUCUUCAACUUACACAAGGAUGAGCUGAAGGAUGCCCUGGAGGUUGUUGCUAAAGACAUACAGAGUAGCUCCAGCAGAGGUCAGCUGGGGAAGAUCAAUGGUGACUUGCCCCUUAACAAGAAUGUACAGGUGCCAUCUUCCGUACUUAAUGUCCUGCAACCAGCCAACAAGACGAUUGCUCCAGCAGCGGCUGUACCCACCAGCGUGACAGAGGCACAAGGCCGUCCAAGCAAACUUCCUUUGCCUGCACUAGCCAAGCCAGGUGGAAGUACGACCAGUGCUGGAGCCGUGCCUAUGGUUGUUGUGCCACCAACUAUUGCACCAAACCGUCCACCAGCUGUUACUGUUGCACCUGUACUCAUGAUGCCUCCGGGCCAGCAGUUUAUUUUCGUAGUCAACUCUAAUCCUCAACCAGCUCCCAAACUUAAGCCCCAGUUUGUUCCCAUCAAGCCCAAAAUUCCAUCAAUAACUCAGACCACGACGACUGGUGGCUCCCCAAAGACAACAGACAAGUUGACUUCGACACACAUCCGCAACACUCAGGAGAGCAACAGUAACAACACCAAUAACAUUAGUAGCAGUUCUACCAGCAGCCAGAUCUCAUCAGCCGAGGCGCCUGAAGCCAGGCCGGCAUCAUCUCGAUCUCCAAACACAACUCGGAGUGGCCCACAGCAGAGGAUGCUAAAUAUUGCUCGACGGCUUGUCGCUAGCAUGACUAAAAAUGAUCUACAAUUUCAAGAUUCAGAAGGCGACACGUACUUGCAUGUGUCAGUAUGCAAGGCAGACUGUAACAUGGUACAGGCUUUGUUGGAACGAUUGACCCGUGAGCAGUUAAGCCCCAUGAUCAAUAUGCAGAACUGUAUGCGGCAGACCCCCUUGUAUCUUGCGGUCAGCUCCAAUCACCCAGAGAUGGUGAGGCUUCUUCUUCAGUUUGGUGCAGAUGUCAACAUAUUUGCUGAGCACCUGCUGGCAGAUGGCCGUUCCAAAGAAGUAAAGACAGCUCUCCACUGUGCAGCUUUAGGUGGAAGGCAAUAUUUGGACACGCUGAAAGAGUUGCUGGCCGCACCAGACCUCCAGGUUGACCUUGUGAACUCUGAUGGUCACACAGCUCUGCACUGUGCUAUUUUGGAACAUCGCAAACCUUCUUUUGAGGGUGAAGGAUUUAUUGACAAUCUGCCAAUCAUACAGGCAUUGAUCCGGCAUGGUGCAGACCCCAAUGCCCAGGUUAAGAAAGCGGCAAAACAGCUCUUAUGUAUGCUCUGGAAUGCAGAGAUGUCUCUCUGGUUGAAGACAUGGUGUCCCUGAUUGACCCUGUACGCCUUCGCACCUUCCUGAAGACCCCGGCCUUUGAUGGCAGCACCUGCACACGGAUAGCAGAAAAUUUACGGUUUGCCCUUAACCCGGAGAGCUGCCAGAGACUGUUUGCCUGCCUCCGGAUCAAUGGUUCACGGAAGGAUAGCAACGUGGCCUCAUAGGGUGUGGCAGGGUUGUUGAUACUUUGCCUAAUUCAGUGUUUGAGAGCAUGUCCAGCUCCAAGCCCAUCCCUCCUGGACAAUGUUUGUGUCUUUGCUUAUGAGUCAAUGUUUGCUAAAGAAGCCGUCUAUUUUGUGCUUUGAGAUGAAACAUUGUUGCGAAGAACAGUGGGAAGCCUAGAUAGUUUGCCCCAGAAGACCCAAGAGCGAGCUGAAUGUGAAUGAUGCAGAUGUCUUUGCAAUCUGGGACUUCCUCUUUUUAUCUAUGGGAAAAUGACACUGGUAUGCUUCCCAUGGUGGAAUGAUGUCUCUUGAUGCGAAGCUUUGUUGUAGGUUAAUCUGAUUUUCCACUGGUGUGUUCGAUUAAUAUCGCAGAAUUUUGCAUCAGCCAGAGGCAGAAUCCUGUACUGAUAGGCAGAAACUUGCAGCAAUAGGCAAAGUGAUGCACAACUAGUGUUUGGAAGGGGCGUAAAGAAGAAUUAUAUGAGAAAUUAAGGGAGAUAGUAUUUAGUAAAUUGCUAAAGGCAAGCAAAAUCUGUUGUGGCAGGCAUAUUGGGAAACGAGUUUUACAUGCUUCAACAGAUGAUAUAAAUAUUGUUAGGAAAAGUAGGUUUCUGGAUGCUUUCACAGAUGUUACUAUUGUUGGGUAAUAUUGUUUCAGAUAAUAUAAGAAAGAGAUUAGGAGAUGGGAAGGUUCAUUUGUGAUAUGGAUCAAGGGCUUUAUCCGUCAUAAAAAGGUGGGAAAUAUUUAUUUCAUGUACAGUCUAACUGUAACCUAAAAUUGUUGAUAGCAAUGAAAAGCUGCUUUUUCUGUUUGUAUAUUGUCAUGUGUGUAUUGUGUGAUCAUUGCUAAAUGGGAACAAAUUGUGAUCUAUCAUUUUUAAAGAUGCAUUUAGUUAGAAAAUUUCACAAAGAACAUUGUCUUUUGUUGUCCCUCGUAUGUCUUUCUUCAUACAUAGACUACCAUGCUCCAUGUUCACCUAACCUCUAAAACGUGAUUUGUUAUAUUUUUUAAAAACUGGUCUUUGCUCUCUUUUUGAGAAAAAAAUGUGAUAAAAGAGGACAAUUUGUUCCCAUGCUAAGGACUUAUAUUUGGUUUCUUUCUGAAACAUUUUGGAAGAUAUUUGGCAGCUUCAAGAUUAUUACAGUAUGGUGUUAAGCUGGCAGGGUUUUUGGCAUUGGUUUGGAAACUGGGGAAGGGAAAAUGUUUUGCACCUUUUAAUGAUUAAUGGUUUUCUAUAUGGCAUUUCUUCAGUGGCAUAAUGGAUGCUGGGUCAUCUGUUAGGCAGCAUCUAAUGAAACUCACCUGUAGUUUGUAAACAGUAGUUAUUAUUCUGUUGAUUUUAGGCAGCAUCACCUGCUGAAACACAGUUUUUGUUUGUUUGGUAAAAAGCCCAUUACAGGGCUUAAUUAAUUGUAAUUUGUAUAUUAAACUGAUGAGGAAUUCUUUUAGAAGGAGGGAUGUGCAUUUUUGUGUGUACAAGUUUUCUUCCCAUAAGUCUUGCAAGUCCAGUAUAAAGAUUGGUUUAUGUCUUGCCAAAUGAUUUUUUUUGUAGCAUUCUUUUCUUCAUUACCCACUCAAGCCAUUGUAAGUAACUUUAAGAUCAUUCAUAUAAGAGCAUUGCACAGGUGUUAGUAUUAAUCUGUUUGGGACUUUUGGUGAGAUUUCACUUCUUGGAAGGAUAUAAAAUAUAAAGAAUUCAUUAUUUUGUCAAGAUUUAGCAUUCAAGGUAAUGAAUAGAUUCAGGGAUCACAGGACCUACUAGAGAAUUUAAACAAAAAUUGCAUAUGGACAAACUUUAAAACUGAAGAUGAAUAGCACAGAUGUCAUCUUUGAGUGAUUUGUAUGUUGUUACCUCCCCUGAGGUUUUUGGAUGACUUCCCAAGUCAUGUUAGGAAGAAAAAUAUAUCCUUUGAAUCAAGACAAAGAUUUCAGAAGGCUGAACUAUGUGUCUUAUAGACUUAAUUAAGAUUUCAUUUAUUGGUCUUUCAGCUGGAUUUGAUGAUAGCUGUGCCAUUCAAGUUUCAAAAUGCACAGUAUUUAGGUUAAACCAUGAUAUAUGGUUUGUGUUUGACUGAAGCUUUGAGAUGAUUGAAUAAUCAAACUAAACCUUUGGAUAAGGAUUUCAGUGUUGUAGAACAUUAAAAAAAUUUUUUUGACAUUUUAUAGUCCAAACAUAAAGUUUAACUUGUUUCUUUUCUUCAAAGCUGAUUAAAUUGAUUAGUAUAGGGAAGAUUAAGUGGUCUAUAAUUGUUAUGAUUUUUUUUUUUUUUAAGCAAAAGUGGUGUAGGGAGUAAUAAUAAGAUAAUAGCACAUUAUUCCACCAUCAAGGCAGGCUCAAAAUGCUUUACAAAAACAAUAAUAAUUGACAAAAACAAUGACAAAAAGCAGAAGGCAACAGUAAAUGCUAAAAUCUUACAGACCUAGGAUUAAGAUGAUUGUGAAUAGUAGGAUGUUUAAAACAUUAAUUUUUAUAAACAUAACUGACACACGUUUUAAAUGAUGAUAAUCUCAUAUAUAGACUAUUAUUAUUUUUGCUAUUAAAGACAUCAGAGUCAUUUUACUAAACAAAACAAGUGUAUAUAAAGAAAAAAAAUGUAAAUUUUUUUUAUCAUCUCUUUUUGUCAUCAAUUUCAGAGUGAUUCUUUAUCUGAAGCUGGUCUAUUAUUUGUGAGCUGAGUUGGGAGGAGAGCAUAUUUUUGGAAAUCGUGUUAGCUGUUGAGGUAGUCUGUUUUUUGCCUCAGUUGAAUGUAUUUUUGAGGAAUUAGGCCUCCAUUUUGCUCCUCAGAGUAUAUUUGUGCUUCUGAGGUUACCAGAUGGUUCUUAUUUAUCUGUUUUCCAAUGUGGGGAUUUUGCCUAUUUCUAAAUUACGAUCCAAAAUAACCUAUCUGUAUGACAAGCAUUUACAUGUACUUGAAGGCUUUUUCAUUAAUUGAUAUCAAGUCUCUGGUUGCACCUGGAAAUAAUUUCUUUUUCUUAGACUCUUAACAACAUGAAACAUAUGUAUUGUGUCAUUUGCAAGCAACUGUGUUACUGUUACUGGGCAUUUAGUAACAGAUUAAACAAUAGUAAAAUCAUUGUUGUAUAUUUUAACAAGCUGUAUUGAUGCUGUUAUAACCAGUUUGAUUUCCCCACUUUGCUUCAUGCACAGAUGCCCCUUCUGUCCUUAUCUCUGCAGGGCUGGCUGCCUUGCCGUGAUAGAGUUACCUUUCCCCUGUCCCCUUCAUCUGUAGCAAUUUUACUAAAGCUUCAUUAUAUUUGAGGCAGCAUGAUUCAGAAAACGCCUUUAUUUAUAUACUAUUGCUUUUGGGGCUGUGAUUAAGUGCAACAAUCACAUAUUAUUUUCAAUCAUUUGUAGUAUUGAUAGUAUCUAAGUCUGCUUUGAUGAGCAUGUGAUUCAGUUUGCCAGAGCCUCUUGAGUAAUCAAAGUCCUUGUAUAUACAACACUUAACUUCCUGACUGAAGUGAAUGGUCAACAGUGUGAUUGUGUGUCCUCGUUAAAAUUACUUUACAGGAACAUCUUCUUGCUGCUUCAACAAAAAUCAAAGCUUAUGCUUAGCAUUCUAGCAUAACCUGUGCACCACUUCAUUAUUCAUCACUCUGUUACCUGUGCCUUGAGGCUGUUUAAAUGGUAUGUGUACAUUUAAAAAGUGAGCGUUCACACAAAAAGUAUGUGCUAUUCUGUAAUGGAAACUGGCAAAAAGUAUUCAGAUUCUGAUUACAUCCAAAAACAUGUCUUUGUCCUUAAUAGAAGAGAUCCUCUUGAAAUACUUUUUCUUGUUUGACUGUGGCAAAGAGUGAUGGGCCAGAUGAACCUCAGAGUAUGUAGUUGGGUCAGGUGUGUUUAGGAAAUAAUAGGGACAUCCUUGCAGGACUUUUAUUUCUACAGCUGUUUGGCACCCCGAUGCCUGUUAUGUAAGUUACUGUUGUGGGUGAUAAAUUGUCUGUCUGUUUUUAAGAAUUCAUAUGCUGGUCAAGAUUGGCAAUUGUGAUGUUAAUGUGAACAGUUCUUGUAAGGAAAAAUAGCAGAGGAAGAUUUGAUACCCUGACUUGCUUAUAGAAGCAUAUUUAGAAAGAUAUAUUUGCUUACAGUUAGUUUGCUAUAAUUUCUUCAUGGCCUUCAAGCUAAGAUUAGAAAUGAUCUCAUACACAGAAUGCACCCCUUCACAAGAAGACUUGCUAUAUUUGAAAACAAUAAAGGCAGCAUGUUUUAAUUCUGGCACUUCACAUUAUCAUACCAAUGUCACAAUUGUUCUGGUGAACACACUGAGUUGAGCAGUAGUACAUAUGUCAGUGCCACAGAAAGUGUAAGAUAAGAACAAGCAGGCUUGUAUAGUCUGUAACAAUGUAUAAUGUCAGGCAACCUGAUUUUAUUUAUAAAAGAAUGUAUUCGCUUGUUACAUAUUUUAAUUGUGCAAUGCAUACAUGUAUUUUGUUUACAAUCUUUACGUGACAUAUGCCUUAAGAAGAAUGAAGUUAAUUGUAGAUGUAAUUGUCGUUAGCAGGUAGAUGGUCUCUCAAAGUGUUAGUAGUGUUAGUAUAUAGUGGCUCAUUAUAUGUGUGAAAUUACAAUGUUGCUGCUGUGCAGAAAAGCAUGUCAAAUAAAUCUGCACAGGUUAACCCCCCCACCAAAAAAAAAAAAAAUUGAAUCUGUUUGAAUGGGUUAAUGCCUUUAUUAUCUCGUUAAACUUGGACAAGCAGUGCUGAUGUAAUCUCAAUUAAAACUGUAUUUUUCCUGUAAUUUAAACUUUUAAGAUUUUAAAUUGCCAGUGCUGCUGUUGUUAUUGAUAGUUUUAUUUGUGAUAGAAAAAGAAAGGGGAGUGCCUUGUGAACAACUUGUUUUGUGAAUAAAAUGUACAGUGUA